AUGGCGACCCGUACCCAAUUCGAGAACUCGGCCGAUAUCGGUGUUUUUGCGAAGCUCACCAACGCAUACUGCUUGACUGCGGUCGCUUCCUCAUCCAACUUCUACUCGGUGUUCGAGGCGGAACUGGCGGAUGUCAUCCCUGUCAUACAUACCACUAUUGCUGGGACCAGAAUAGUGGGGAGACUCUGUGCUGGAAACCGCCACGGUCUCCUUGUCCCCUCCACCACCACCGACCAAGAGUUGCAGCACCUCCGUAACUCGCUCCCUCCCGCGGUUGCCAUCCAGCGGGUCGAAGAACGUCUUUCCGCUCUCGGAAAUGUUAUCGCCUGCAACGACUAUGUCGCGCUCGUCCACCCGGACAUUGACCGAGAGACCGAGGAGAUUAUCGCCGACACGCUCAAGGUGGAGGUAUUUAGGCAGACGGUAGCUGGGAAUGUGUUGGUGGGGAGUUACUGUGCUCUGACCAACCAGGGCGGUCUCGUUCACCCCAAGACUCCCCGGGCAGAGCUCGACGAACUUUCCUCCCUUCUCCAGAUCCCCCUUGUCGCCGGGACCGUCAACCGAGGUUCCGACGUUAUUGGUGCUGGUCUUGUCGUCAACGACUGGUGUGCCUUUGCCGGCUUGGACACGACCGCUACCGAGAUCAGUGUGGUUGAGGCUACCUUCCGUCUGCAGGGUCAGACGAGCGCGGCUGUGAUCAACGAAAUGAGGGAUUCGCUUAUCGACAACUAUGCAUAG